UUCUUCUAUUUUUAUUAUUUGAUUUUUUUUAUUUAAUUAUCUUGAAUUACUCAAAUACAACAAGGAAGUAACGACCACAAAUCCAACGAAUCGGGUUUUGAGUGUCAGCCAAGUAGGCGACUUGGCGGAUGAAUAGGAUUCACGUUGUCACACGAAAAGGGAAAGUUCCUUCCUUUUUUUUUCUUUUUUUUUUUUUUUGUGGAUCAUCGGCUUCUCUUCUUCUUCAACCUUUUGGGUUUGACCUCAUGCUCGAGGGGCAAAAGCUUUUGCCUUUGCAAAAAUUUAAUCUGCCAUUGAUUUUAAAUUCUCGUUUCUGACAGAUUCACCCCCCUCUCUCUGUGUCGCGUCAACGCCCACCAACUUCUCUUCCUCCAUUCAGUUUCCUCGGUUUCGCUGUUACAUCAGCCUCGUCUUGCCGGCGAUUUCCGAUACUGGGUCGCCGUCAAGUUCUGAUUUUUCGACGAUUCUCGUGAUAACUGGCAGUGAAGUCAAAAGGGUACGAGGUAUACAAAGGAACAUGAUAGAACAUCAAGAUCGGAUUGGGGAAGAACUGGACGAGACAGAUCUGGAAGCUCUGACAAGCGCUCCUCUCAGGGAUGUUCGUAGGUUUAGGUCUCAUUUCUCUGGGAUGGUGAGACAGAAAGCAUACAUUUUCGAUGGAAACGGGAAAUAUUUCAACAAGGAAUGGGAUCUUGCUGAGGGAACUGGCAGGGAGUUUUGUUGGUACCAUGUCGAAUUACCGAAAGGAAACCAGAAACUCUCUCAAUCCGCACAGUAUCUUAUCGACCCUCUCUGCCCGCCACUGAAGCUCCAAGACAUCCUUUCUCUCGUUAGCAAUGGACCCUUUUGCGGGCACGUUGAUGGAGCACUCGUGUUCAGAGUCAAUUCCCCCGGUCCCCCGGCCAGUAGCUUUACAUUCAGAAUCGCAGCGAGGAUAACCGAGAAUUCUGUGAUCACUGUAUCGUUAGGACGAGUUCCUAGGUUAGGGUUCUCGCCGAUGGGACAGUCACUUCUGUCAGAAGUUCCUAGUGUGGAGACACCGUCUUAUCAUAGAGGUGAGCAGAAUAAGGAGAGGAGUGGGAUCGUGAUUGAGGAGCAUGUUCUUGAGUUCUUGCUGACGAUGAACCAUUCCGAGGAAGCUGAUAACCCUGUCCCGAGAUCUGUUUCGAACCUCGUGGUUCACAUUAUUGACACUCAUGUCGAUCAGCUUCAGGAUGUCGUGACAAAUUUCGAGAUUGAGUUGGAUGCCGUGGAAAUCGAAAUGGAUAGAGGUGGAUUUGCUCUUAAGAAACAGAUGCUGGACGAUAGAAGAUUUCCAAAGAUGCAUCUAAACUUGCAGCGUCUCUUGCAGGUGAUUGCACAUGGAGAACAGGUGUUUCCGCGAGUGAAGGAGAAAUGUUCGACGAAACCGUGGUUUCUAGCCGAAGAUAUCAACUCCUUGGAAGAGUUGAUAGGGCGGUUGAGACGGCUCAAAGAGAACGUGGGCUUCAUAGCAAAUCGCGUGACUGCGAUCCAAGCCGGUCUCGACAGCUGGCAGGCUGAGCAGAUCAACCGGAAGCUCUAUUACCUCUCCUUUCUCUCCAUCAUCUUCCUCCCUCUCUCCAUCAUUACCGGAGUUUUCGGGAUGAACGUCGGAGGUGUUCCAUGGACGGGACAGGACGAACCGGAGCUGAGAGACGGGUUCCGAAACGUGAUGUACAUUUGUGUUAUAAUGCUUCUUCUGGUUCUAUGCUGUUUCGUCUUCCCGGCAAUGUAUUCUAGGCUGUCUUCUUGGCAAAGGGUGAGAGCCAUGAAAAGGAACUGGUCUUUGAACAGAAGAUCGUUCCAGAAAAGACCGAACAUUGUCCAAGAACGAAGAGGCUAUCUCAGGAUCUGAAUUAGGGUUUUUUUUGGGGGGGCAAGAACACUUCCUGUUCUGGUUUCUGAGCUUUAUGGCCAAAAAAACAAAACCCAGUUCACAAGAUCGCGGCUUUCUCUUCGCGCAUGUUGGAGAAGACGGAGUGUACGGACAUUGUGCAUGUUUUGUCUUGUCUGCUCACUGGUUUUACAUGUGUUUCUGUUUGUUAGAUCUUUGAGGUACUGUAUAGUUAAUGUUGUUAUAAAUCUUUUAUUCAAUGUUCCUUUUUUUCAUUAAUUAAUUGUCAGAUUUUUUGUAA